ACUAAUCUGAAUACAAAGUGCUUGCAAAUGCAACGAGAACACCCUUGAGCGGGAAUUUGUGCUUUUGUUUUUAUUUGCCGUUUUAUACCUUGGAUCAAAAGGGAAGUUUGUCCGGAAUGUUUCAGGCGCCCAUACUGCGAUCUAUUUCCGGGCGCGGGCGUCGGCCCUACUCGAUUAAGCGCCGCUCAUUUUGAUCUAAAACAUGCGCGAGCUCGGCCGCGAAGGCUCGGUAGUGGCGGCCACCAUCGCGGCUUUGCACAGUCGUUCCGCGAGUGACGGCAAGCACAGAGCUUCCAAGCUCCGCGCUACAAGCGUGCAGAGUUGCAAUAGUGGCCUGCGGUCUGAAAGGGAAGACUUGCGGCGCGUGUCGGGGUGCAGCGAGCGGCCCCUCUCAACCGCGUCGGAGGCCUCGGAGCGCGACUCUGCAUCCGUGCAAUCUAGCGAGGAGCCGCCCCCGAACGAGAGCGGCGACUCGGACAGCCCUGACGAAGCAACAGUGAAAUGCACGGCGUGGCCGGACGGAGCUAUACCCGCGCGCGCCGAUUCCAGCGACACCGAGUCCACCUCGUCGGCCGACGAUGAUUCCGACUUACAAGAUUUCGAAGUUCGAAGCGCCGAAGCUGACUAUCGAACUUUAACACCUAGCAGACGGCUAGACAACUCGACGCGUCGAGACGAUAACUUCAAAUGGAUGCCACCGGAAAAUAUGUCAGAUAUCGUCGAGCCAACUUCCAUGGAAUCGCGAACGGAAGAGCAGGUGUCGGGUAGUUUAGACAGGCGAAGGCGAGCUCCCGCCGAUCGCAAUGACCGUGACCGUAAAACUAGGUCAUCAAUGUCCACCAAACCGCCACAGCACCCUUCCAGCGUCCGCGCGUCACCACGACCGCGUCGCUCGCGCGUGGAGGAAACGCCUCCUGAUCUUCAGAGGAGAUGGAACUCGUACGAGCACUUCCGAUGGGGUCCUAGCCCCGACGGCAGCCCCGGCGGAUGGUGGCCUCCCAUGUGCUGGUGCCACGGACCACCUCCGCCGCCCUGUUGCAUGCACGACCGUUCUUGGCCCUCACACCCUUCUCUUCCUCCAGUACCAUCAAGGCCGUAUAAGAAUGACGCCGAAGACCGUGUACGUCGGCUCGAGGCGGACAAGGAGAGCUUACACCUGCAGGUGCAGGUGUUGUCAGAACAAGUGUCUGCACAGAGUGACAAAAUGGCCGACCUGGAGCGCGCUCUGUUGGACGCCAGGCAACGACUGGACGACGCCGAGCAGAGAUUACAAAAGGAAAUGCUUCAGCGUUCAUCUCUAGAGACGCAGAAGUUGGAGCUGCUGUCGAAGCUGAGCGAAGUGCGGCUGCAAGCGGCGGCGCGCGGCGUGCUCGAGCGGUCGCCGCCGCCAGACUCCACGCCCGUGGCCCGCCCCGCUCCGCCCAGGACGCCGCCAGCGAACUACGGGCGGCAGAUCGAGCGCAACACGCACGUGUACUCGUCGCUGCCGCGCUCCUCCGUGUUGGCCACGGGCUUCGGUAAACAACACACCAACACCAUGGUGGUGGCGCGCGGGCGCGGACACUCCGUGCCCAACCUAGCUGAAAAGGAGGAAGCAAUACCGCGCGGCAGUCCAUCGCCUUCCCUCCGAGACAUGCGGUCGCGGCUCGGCAGCGGCGGCGUGCGCCUCGAGGGCGAUGAGCUGCGGUCGUCCCUGCGUGUUCACACGCCGAGUCGCCGCCCGCCCGACACCAUGCCCUGGCAAACAACAGACGUGCGGCAAUGGGACUGUGACACGACAUGCGGUUGGUUGGAGUACCUCGGGCUCGAGACAUACGUGCCGGCGGCGCGCGCGUGGCUCGGCACGCAGGAGCGCGGAGCCCUCGCGUCCGCCUCACACGCCGCUAUCGAGAAGGAGCUGGCCUUAAAACACCCUAUGCAUAGGAAAAAGAUCGUGCUCGCUCUUACGGAUCUGUUGGGCGGGCACGGCGACCCGCUGCUGACGCUGGCGGGCGCGCUGGACGCGGCGUGGACGCUGCGCUGGCUGGAGGACGUGGGCGUGUGCGGCGCGCGCGCGGCCGCCGCCGACGCCGCGCUGGACGGCCGCGCGCUGCACCGCCUCACGCACACCGAGCUGCACCAGCACCUGCGCGUCUCGCACGCGCUGCACGCGCUCGCCGUGCGCCGCGGUAUCCAAGUGCUCCGGGACAACAAGUUCAACCCGGACACGAUGAUCCGGCGCGCGGCCGAGGGCGCCGCGGGCUCGAGCGAGCAGGAGGACAUCGCGCGCUGGUCCUCGCACCGCGUCAUGCAGUGGCUCAAGCAGAUAGACUUGGCCGAGUACGCGCCUAACCUGCGCGGAGCUGGUGUUCACGGCGGCUUGAUGCUGCUAGAACCAAGAUUUACGGCAGAACUGCUAGCCGCUCUACUAAACAUUCCCGCCAACAAGACUCUACUUCGGCGGCAUCUCACGCAGAGGUUCAAUGACUUGCUUGGCCGGGAUGUUAUUCAGCAAAAGCGGAAUGCUGAGCAAACUCUUGGUUACCAGCCUCUGACGGCUACUACUAAAUAUAAGGUACCAAAGAAGAGCCAGUUCUCCCUGAAGCGCAAGAAGAGCAAAGACGAGCUCGAGCUCGGGGACCUCGUGUGCCCGCUGCACGACGACUGCUCAGGUGACGCUAACCACACGUCGCCCGUGAGUUACUAACCGCACUAAUACACUAAUGGACGAUGAGAGUAAAAUCAGCGGAGGGCGUCGCGUCGGCUGUCUCUCCCCCGCGUGACCCCGCGCGCGCGCACUAGCGCCCUCGCACACAGCGCGCGCGCCUGCACGUGCACGUGCGCCUGCACGGGCUGCACGUGCACGUGCGCCUGCACGGGCUGCACGUGCACGUGCGCCUGCACGGGCUGCACGUGCGCCUGCACGGGCUGCACGAGCACGUGCGCCUGCACAGCCGAGCACGCGCGCAGACGUCGGCCCGCCCUGCGCUCCGGCAGCUAAUCUACCGUGGACUACUAACGCAUGCGUUCUAAUUUAUCGUGUUCUAAUCAUUUUAAGGUUCAUUUUAAACGGGGGCAUUCGAAACGACUAAUUGCGAUCGGCUACCUGUGGUGCUAAAACUAAUAUUAUAAGACCCGGCCCCCGGUGUGCGAAGGGUGAUAGAUUGUUAAGUGAUUAAUUUUAUUAAAUUAUUUAAUCGAGUCGCGCUGCCAAAAAUCAUGUCUCGAAUUAUAUUGGUCCGUUGUAGAUGUUUAGAGGUCUAAAAACGGUUUAUUGAGAGAGAUAUAUUUAACUUAUAUAGUUUAUAAAAUGAUGUUGUUGUCGACGACGCGAAUGCGACGGAGACCUUCGAGCCCCGCGGGUGGCCGCUCCUCGGACUGAUCUGAAGGCCGCUAAUAAACCUUAAAUACGCUUCACUCAUCACAUCAAAUGAAAAAGCAAUAGACAUUCCAUUUUAUAUUAAAAUAAUGUGCUUGAAUAACUUAUAUUGAACGAGCUUUUGACAAGCCUACGUCUUUAGACCGAUAUUGAACCGAUAUAGUAUCUGUUAUUUGAAAUAUGACCUUACACGUCUGUUAACUUGACCCACUAGGUCCAUUAGAUUUGUUACAGUUUUUGAUACAGGUAGUGCGUUUUACUGUAUAUUGUUAAGUACGAGUAGCUUUGUAGAAAACGACUGAAACGCGACAAUAUAUCUCUGGUCUUAUUUCUAUUGCUACAAAGACUUUUCCAUCUAGUUAUAAGGGUCACAUUCAGUAUAAUUAUAACUGUUUACUUCUAUGGUAUAUAUUGAGAUUUUAUAUUACAUUAUAAAUAUUAUAUCCAAGAAGGACCAUUACCCAAAUUCUAUUCUUAUAUGUAUUACCACUUUAUCAUAAUGUAAUAUCGUAUAACCCGCGUCCCGUUGGUAUAUAUUUUUUAAGAGAUACCUUUUUUUAUUGUCCGUAUUGAUUUCGACAGGAACUGUAGAACAUGUUUGAAGAGAGAGUAAGAUAAAAUUAAUUUAAAUUUUGUUCGCUAGACACAAUAAUGGAAAUAAUAAUAUGAGUAGGCAAGGAGUGCUCACUCCAUACGUCGAUAACGCAUUUAAAAUGAGUUUACCAUAUUAUUUUGUACUGUACCAUACUUCUGCAGGAAGUAAGGAAUGUAUUAACUGAUUGAGCACUCUCUAGUUUACAACUUUACAUAUUUCUCUACUAAGGCACAAAAUAAAAAUGUAUUAUAAUAAAAUGACAAGUUGUAUUUUGAAGUCUGACAAUAUGACGAGUAAAUACACUUUUGUCCCGAUGUGAAAUAAAUUUGUUAUACAAAAAUAUUCUUAUCUAACUACCUAAUUCGUAUUGAUGUAAGGUUUAUAACAGUGCGCUAAAAAACGAAACAUACCUAUAAGUUUUUUUUUAUUAGCGCCAGUCUCUCGCACAAACAUAAAUUUUCAAUUUUAUUUUUUUAAUUAAUAUACCUACCUCAUUAUACACUGUUUAAACAACUCUGCGCCGUGGACGCACAAAAUAAUGUGCCUAAAAUUGGACGAUAUUAUCUCGGUGUAUUGAUAAAACACAUAAAUUGAGUGACGAAAGUAAUGAUUAUUUGUAGCUUUUUUUAUAGUCAAUAGUUUCUCAUUAUCAUAUCAGACCCACGAAACCUAAAGAUAAAAACGAUGUUUCUGUAUUACAAGCAACAGUAUUACACAUAGAAAACUGCUGUAAAUCGAAUUUUAUAUCGAAUGUUUUGAUAUCAGUUUUAUUAUCGUUAUAAAUGUAGAGUGAUCCAAGAUCCCGUUCCUACCACGUUGUGCCAAAUCUUACAAAUGUUUACAUACUUUACAUAGGCCCUUACAACCCUGUCUUCCAUGACUUUGUAAUACAAGUGUAGGUUAUUGGAAGGUGAGUUGUAUCACCGGAUAGCGAGAAAACAUUUAUACAUUAUGUAUCAAAUAAUUUUUAAUAUAACUUAAAGUCAUAGAAUAUAAAAUGUAUGAUUUAAUAAACAUAAAUGAAUGACGA